AUGGCUCACGAGUGGAGCGUGUUCCUGCAGCAGCCCGUUCUGCCGCGCUAUAGUAAACGCCGGGCGUCGUGGUUACGUCAGGUUACGCUUUUGCGGGUGCUCCUGCUGAGCGUCGCCGUAUUCCUCUCGUGGGGCGGUACGCAGCUCCUCGUGCGGUACGGCAGCAUCUCGCCAGCGGCCACGGCGCUCUUUACGACGGCGUACGACGGGCGGACGAUUGACGACCGUCCGCCCGCGUCCCCUCCAUGGCGUCCACCGUUUCGUGUUGUUGUGUCGCUAACAACGACGCCCAAUCGGCUGGAUAAGAUCAUGGAUAGCGUGCGUUCAUUGGCUGCUCAGAGUCUGAGACCGGAUCAGAUUUAUGUCAAUAUCCCCGAGGGAAAGAUGAAACGACACCCUUCCCGGUCUUAUAACGAAACACAGAUCCCGUCAGAACUGAUAAAUCUCGCCCCUUCCGUGCGUAUCCAUCGCUGCGUGGACGACGGCCCAGCGACCAAGUUGCUGGGACCACUUCGACUGGAAACGAACGCUUCGACGCUGAUCAUUACGCUCGACGAUGACUUUGUGUACCCGUCCGAGUUGGUGGCUUCACUGGCCUGGGAAGCGCUGGCCAAGCCGGAGGACGCUCUGGGGGUGUGUGGAUGGGGCAUGCUGCCUCUCUGGCAUCAAGUGGGUGUCGUGCCGGCCUACGUGCCCUACUUCAUGCGGCCCACGGGACGCUAUGUGGACAUUUUGCAGGCGUGCUGUGGCAACGCCUAUCGACGAGGGUUCUUUUCGGAUGUCGAAGCUCUUGCAGAUAUUCCCUCGGUCUGUGUGACUGUUGACGACGUGUGGAUCGCUGGCUAUUUGCGGGUGGUGGAGCACCGACAUAGCGCCUUGAUCAGCAAGAGACUGGACCCGUCCGAUCCUCCAUGGAAGAAGGAGGAAUCGUGUUCGUCGGAUCGCCAGAUGACGCUGUCGAGCUACAAUCAUGAACACCAGAUACAUUACAAAUGCGUGCAAGCGCUGGAAGCAAAGUUCAAGCGACGGUGGACGCGCAACUUUGAAGACCAGGCACACAAGAGCAGGCAGCUCAGGACAAUAGCGCAACGCGCGGUAGGAGAGUAA